AUGAUAUUUUCAACGGGCUUAAAUUCUCAUCCUUACUCAAUGACUAUUCAUGAUUUCAAUAAAGACGGUCAAGCAGAUAUAGCAGUGACCAAUUAUGGUACUAAAAAACUUGUUACGUUUCUAGGAAGUGGAAAUGGAACAUUUGAAAACCAAGCAAGUUACAGUGUAGAUUUCGAUUUUGCUCCAUUAGUUAUUGGUGCUGGUAGUUUCAACAAGGAUGGAAGUUCAGAAAUUAUUGUCGCAUAUGAUGGCAUGGAUCAUGUCGAUGUGCUUGUCACAUAUAAUCUCGGGUCUUUUGAUCAUCAAAUGACAUAUUCAACUGGUUCUGGGCCACGCUCUGUAUCUGUUGGCGAAUUUAAUAACGACACCCAUCUGGAUUUCGUCGUCGUCAAUCAGGGUGAUAACACUAUAAGUGUCCUUCUCGGAUAUGGCAAUGGCUCUUUUGCAAAUCAAAGCACAUAUUCAACUGGCAACGUACCAUGGUCUGUAGCUGUCGGCGACUUUAACAACGACACCCAUCUGGAUAUCGUCGUCGCUAAUAGAUUUGGCAACAGUAUAAGUGUCCUUCUAGGAUAUGGAAAUGGCUCUUUUGCAAAUCAAAUGACAUAUUCAACUGUCUCUCAAUCAUGGUCUGUAGCUGUUGGUGAUUUUAACAACGACACUCAUCUGGAUAUCGUCACCGCUAAUUGUGAUAGCAACACUACAAGUGUCCUUCUUGGAUAUGGCAAUGGCUCUUUUGCAAAUUCAAGGAAAUAUUCAACUGGCACUAAUCCAUGGUCUGUAGCUGUUGGUAAUUUUAACAACGAUACCCAUUUGGAUAUCGUCGUCGCUAAUUAUGGUGACAAUACUAUAAGCGUCCUUCUCGGAUAUGGCAAUGGCUCUUUUGCAAAUCAAACGAGUUAUUCAACUGGCUCUGUGCCACGCUCUUUAUCUGUUGGUGAUUUUAACAACGACACGCAUUUGGAUAUCGUCGUUGCUAAUUAUGGUGACAACACUAUAAAUCUACUUCUCGGAUAUGGAAAUGGCUCUUUUGUAAUUCAAACGACAUAUUUAACUGGCUCUGGUGCACAAUCUGUAGCUGUUGGCGAUUUUAAUAACGACACCCGACUGGAUAUCGUCGUCGCUAAUUGGAAUAACAAUACUAUGAGUAUCCUUCUUGGAUAUGGCAAUGGCUUUUUUGCAAAUCAAAUGACCUAUUCAAGUGGCUGGAGUCCUUCAUCUGUAGCUGUUGGUGAUUUUAAUAACGACGCUCGACUAGAUAUCGUCAUCACUAAUAUGAAUGGAGCAAGUGCUAGCGUAUAUCUAGGAUAUCCCAAUGAAGGUUUUCUAAACCAAAUGAGGCUGGCAACUGGGAAUGGAUCCCGCCCUAAGUCAUUCACUAUUGGGGAUUUUAACAAUGACGGUCAAAUAGAUAUUGCAGUUGCGAAUUCAGGCACUAACAACGUCGGAAUUUUUCUGAGAUAUGACAAUGGCUCUUUCGCAAAUCAAAUUGCAUAUUCAACCGACUUCUCUCCAUGGGCGGUAGCUGUUGGUGAUUUCAACAACGAUACAAUACUUGACAUUGUCACCGUGAAUCAUGGUAAUGACACUAUUGGUAUAUUUCUUGGAUGGGAUAAUGGUUCUUUUUCAAGCCAGAAAACGUUUUCAACCGGUUUCAACUCUCAACCGAACGCGGUUGUCGUUGGUGAUUUCAAUAACGACACCUUGCUGGAUAUUAUUGUCGCCAAUUAUGGCACAAGCAACGUCGGUGUGUUGCUUGG